AUGCCCGUCAAGAAGGAACCUGGCGAAAUGAGCGCCUUUGAGCGCAAGAGACUGGAGAACAUUGCAGCAAAUCGAGCAAUUCUCACAGACAUAUCCACGACCGCAAAAAAGAUUAUUCCCGACAAACCGAAGCCGGCCAAGUCGACGGCACCCAAGCGCAAAAGCCGCAGCGAACCAGUGAAACGCGAAUCUGCUCGGCCGACGCGCAUGAGUUCACGAUUGGCGGGCAUUGAAGCGGACAACGAGACACUGAAGCGCAAAUUGGAAGUCGAAGCCGAGAACCAAGCAGAGGUUGCCAAGGCCAAGAAGUUACGGGUUGUAGGUGACUUGAAUCUGGGCGACAUUGCAGUAGAAGGAAAGAAAUGGAGUGCUGGAUUCGACAGCCUCAAGGGCAUUGUGCGUGGCGCGCAGCCUGGCGUGAGGACGUUUACAGAAGACGAUAUUAAAGAGACGACGGAUAAGAGUUUAAAGGAUUUGCGACAACGGAUGGGCGGCCUUAAGCUCUAUGAACACUGGCUUCCAAAUGACAUCAAAAUUACUCCCCAACGUGUAUAUGCACUGGGCUUCCACCCUACCGAGGACAAGCCCAUCGUAUUUGCAGGCGACAAAGAAGGCAACAUGGGUGUAUUCGACGGCUCCCAAACACCUCCCGAGCUAGACGACGACGAAAACCCGACCACCGACCCCGAAAUAUCAGCCUUCAAAACACAUUCCCGCACAAUCACAUCGUUUGCCUUCUCCCCUACGGACCCCAACACCGUGUACUCGUCCUCCUAUGACUCGUCCAUUCGCAAAAUGGAUCUUGAAAAGGGCACGUCUAUUCAAGUCUUCGCCCCGUCAGACAUUGACACCGACAUGCCCAUCUCAGCACUCGACAUGGCACACUCCGAACCCAAUAUCCUCUAUUUCUCAACCCUAGAUGGUGGUGUAGGGCGGUACGACGUUCGCGCCCCCGGAAGCGAGGAAAUCUGGACAUUAUCAGAGCAAAAGAUUGGUGGAUUCUCACUACACCCCCUCCAGCCCCAUCUGCUUGCUACCGCCUCUCUCGACAGGACAAUGAAGAUAUGGGACACCAGGAAAAUAUCUGGCAAAGGAGACCUUCGCCACCCUGCCCUACUAGGGGAGCACGAGUCCCGACUUUCAGUCUCUCAUGCAUCCUGGAGUGCGGCAGGACAUGUCGCUACGUCAUCCUAUGAUGAUACUGUCAAGAUUUACGAUUUCACAGACGCGAGUACAUGGAAACCAGGGCAUGAUAUAUCCUCCAAGGCCAUGGAACCCAAACACAAAAUUCAUCACAAUAACCAGACGGGCCGGUGGGUUACGAUACUUAAACCCCAAUGGCAGAGACGACCGCACGAUGGGAUUCAGAAAUUCGUUAUUGCGAAUAUGAAUCGCUUCGUGGAUGUAUUUGCAUCUGAUGGGAGUCAGUUGGCGCAGCUUGAUGGCGAGGGCAUCACCGCUGUACCAGCCGUGGCGCACUUUCAUCCUACACUGGAUUGGGUUGCUGGUGGAAAUGGAAGCGGGAAGCUGUGCUUGUGGCAGUAG